AUUUCUGUGGCAGUCCUCAAUAUGUAUCCAGGAUCCACAUUUGAGUUUCAGCCAAACAUGGGGGCCAGAUUUGAUAUAGGAGACAUCAAUGUUAAGUAUGGUGGAAGAGUCCUGGCAGACUUCUUCAAUAUAUCCUCUACAUUGGUCCAUCUUGAGGUGGGGGCUGCACUUUCAGCUUCAGCAGAAGACAGGUCAACUUCUUCGACACUAGAUGUCACUCUAGGCACUGGUUCAAUCAAUACUGGUGCUGGGCAUGGUAGCUUUGGAGGACGGUAUAGUAACACAGAUGGUGGCACUUAUUAUGGAACCAUUUAUCUUCCAGCAUCGCCAGGUAGCCGGGGUGGAGAUGGGGAUAUCAAAACUGCUGGAAGGGGUGGCGGUGUGAUUUAUCUGGAUCUAGGAGUGGAUCUGAUACUGGAUGGGUCUCUCACUGUAUCCGGAGGGAGUUCUGCAGCAGGUGGGGGGAGUGGUGGUAGCAUCUUGGUCAAGUGCAGAGAGGUAGAUGGCUUUGGCAAAAUGGAUGCCAAUGGAGGUUCCAGUGGACGAGGCGGUGGUGCUGGGGGCAGGAUAGCUGUAUAUACUGAUCACAUGGACAAAUUUGAAGGUGUUUUCACUUUCUUUGGUGGCAGUGGUGGAAAUGCAGAUGGAGCAGGAGGAAGUGGAACAGUUUACAUCCAAGAAAUAAGAAACAGUUUUCCAUACACCAAGCUGAUGAUAGACAACAGAAACAGACCAAUCUCUAAGUAUGUCACCUUGGAUGAAUUAGACCAGGAUCACUAUGAGUUUGAUGAGGUACAUAUUCCCCAUCAGUCAUCCCUUCAUGUUGCCUCUGGAAAGUCCAAUGCCAGCUUGACUAUACACACAUUGAAUGGAGACAGGACAGGUCUGUUACAUGGGCAUUCUGGUCAGAAAUUGUUCAUAGAAUACAAUGAGCAGGAAAGCAAUGUCUUCAGGGCCAAGGCAAACUUCUUCUUGGAUAAGGACUCAGAACUCAUGGGAGCUUUUACCAUGGUAGUCAUUGGAGCUGGUGUAAAAGUACCAGGCACAGAGAGAGUGGUUUCCAUUGAUACCAACGGCAUUAUCUUAAAUGUGGAAAACCUGAUAGUUUCACAGUAUUCACAUGUGUUUGUUGGGAAUGAUGCCCACACAGCUGCUUACAGAAACAGGACAUAUUUCAAUGUCAACAAACCAGGAGAAUUUACAUUUGCAUCCCUUGAACUUCAGAGUAAUGCAACUUUCAAACUUGCACCAGACUUGAAUUUAAAAACUGAAAUAGGUCAGAUAGACUUAAAAUAUGGGUCAGUGCUCUCAGCAGAAAGUAUGUCACUACUGUGUAGCAAAUUAAAUGUGGAGACAGGUGCGACCCUGACUGUGGCUUCCCAAGACAGGCCAGAGGAUACCCUAGAUUCUGAAGUGGGUGCAGGCACAGGUGGCAGUGGAGCUGGUCAUGCCAGCCUUGGAGGUGGGACACAAGGUGGGAGUUACUACGGUACCUUGUACAGGCCCACAGAACGUGGUUCUAGUGGGGGAGGCAAAGGAGGUGGUGCCAUCUAUAUGGACAUAGCAACAAUCCUGCACAAUGAUGGUACAAUCACAGCUAGUGGGCAGGAUGGUUCCACUGCCAGUUCUGAAGGCGGUGGAAGUGGUGGCUCUGUUUGGAUCAACACUCUGGAACUCAACGGGCAUGGUGCCUUUGUCAAUGCAGGUGGCAGUGGGAUUGGUGGUGGCUCUGGAGGCAGAAUAGCCAUAUACACAUCUACCAAGAACACAUUUGAAGGCAGUUACAUUGCCCAUGGAGGAAGUGGGUCAUCUUCAUCCCAGCAUGGUGGACCUGGGUCACUUUACCUGCAGGAUAUCAGGGAGGGCCGCAACUAUUCCCAACUGCUACUUGAUAAUGAUAACAGAGGAUGGGUCCAGGACUACACCUUGGAUGAAGCAGACACAUACGCAUACAUAUUUGAUGAAAUACACCUUACAAAGCAAGCUUCAAUUCAAAUGCCAGAUGAUGGAAAGAGCAGGAAUGUCACAGCACACAAAGUCGGUGGUGAUUUGACAGGCAGAAUUCUCAUCCAUGCCAACCAGUCUUAUUACCUAGAAGUGAUUGAGUCCAAGACAUCAUCAAGUAAAACCCAAGCCAAUAUCUGGAUUGAUGAAGGUGGUGAGGCAGUGCUCCCUACCAUGGCAUACAUUAUAGGCAAAGGGGAGACAGCUCUGAAGUGGUAUGGUGGCUUGGUUGGUGUACAUCAUCUCCGGAUAGCACCUGGAAGGAAAGUGAUGGUGGGACCCAAGGCACACAGUGCAGUGGUUGUGGAUGGGACACUGUAUGCAGAGUUACCUGGGACAUUCAGGUUUGCCAGUCUGGAGUUUGGUUCAGGAUCCAGUGUGGCCUUCCCUCCUCCUAUGGGGAUUAGGUUUACUGUUGGAUUCUUGGAUAUGAAAUAUUCCUGCAGCUUCAGUGCUGAGUAUUUUGAGGUGUUUGCCACCGACAUGUUCCUUGAACCUGGGUCAACCUUACUUUGUAAAGGCAGAGGUCCAGAGGAUGGAGGUCCAGGGAGAGGGAUGAGGCCUGGAACUGGGGGUGGCUAUGCAUCUACUGGAGGAAGUGACACCUCACAGCAACCUGGAGGAGAUCCAUAUGGCUCUCUGUAUCAGCCAACACUGGCUGGUAGUUCUGGAGGCACUGGCAGUGGUGGCAGUCAGGGAGGCAGGGGUGGUGGUCGUACAAGACUGGUGGUAGGGGGAAUAUUCCUCAUGGAUGGCAUAGUGAAUGUGGACGGUGAAGAUGGCAGGCAGAAUAGUGGUGGAGGAAGUGGUGGUGCUUCAUGGAUAACAGCAGGUCAUUUCCGAGGCCAUGGUACAGUGUCAGCUAUGGGAGGCCAGGGUAACAACAGGGCUGGAGGUGGCUCUGGAGGAAGAAUAUUAGUCCAUACAUUUGACGCACAUGAAUAUCGUGGCUCUCUCAGAGCACUCGGACGCGGUGGCACAAGUGGGGGUGCAUAUGGUGGCACAGGAACGGUGUAUCUGGAAGACUGGAGAAGUGGAACCUGGUAUAGAAGACUGUAUCUAGACAACCAGAAUAUUGUACCAGCGCAAACCUUUGUACUGAAUGAGACCAACCCCAGAGAAGAUAGGGAGGACAUGGGCGAUGAGUACAAUGUGAAAGCAGACUUCACCUUUGAUGAAAUGAUGCUACAAAACAAAAUCAUCCUGGAAAUUGCCUAUCUAGGAAAACAGUCAAGCAGCAUAGCAAUACAUAAGAUACUAGGCGAUGGCAGUUCAACAAUCCACGUCAGAGAAAGGCAGAAGUUCUUCAUGGAAUAUUCAGAGUUUGUUGAUAUCCGUUCCUCACCACCAGUCAAUUACAUAGUUGACUACAAGGGGGAGCUGCUGCUUCCUGCAGACUUCAGAGUUAGCGGUGACAACAAUCCUGCUUUGAUAUUGAAUGGUUUAUUGGCUGGAGUGCAGAACCUGAGCCUAGCAGAGGGGAAAGCUAUGACCAUGGGACCCAGUGCAUCCAGUGCCUUACUCAAAGAUGGGGUGUACAAUCAAGUGUCUGAUCCAGGACAUCUGACACUAAGCCACCUGAAACUUGAAGCCAGGGCCUCGAUCAUCAACACAGUGAAUGUCCAGAUAGAAUCUUCAGAUGUCACAAUGAGAUACCAGUCCAAGGUGACAGCUCCCAGUAUUGUGUUUAAGGUCAGCAAUCUGAAUCUGGAGGGGGAGGCAAGGCUUGAUGUCUCUGGCAGGGGACCCCACACAGGGCAAGGCAACAGCCCUGGAAUACUGGACGCACAGAACUUUGGUACAGGAGGAGGGCAUGGAGGAUUUGGAGGAGGGGCAGAUGUUGUAAACUAUACUGCUAGUACAGCAUAUGGAUCAUACAUUGUCCCUGUUCACCCAGGCAGUGGUGGUGGGGGUUCCAAUGGUGGUGCAGGUGGUGGUACCAUUGCUCUGUAUGUGGGCUGGUCACUUCAUGUAGAUGGUAUUCUGGAGGGCAGAGGGGGAAAUGCUGGUGCAGGCAGUAGUGGGGGAGGCAGUGGUGGCAGUGUCUAUGUAUCCACAGUCCUGUUCUCUGGACAUGGAACUCUGUCCACAGAGGGCGGACAUGGGUCUGGGCAUGGGUAUGGAGGAUCAGGAGGAAGAAUUGGCGUCCAUGUUGCCUGGCUGAGAGAGUUUUCUGGCUCUUACAUAGCCUAUGGUGGCAUUGCUCCUGAUAGUGGUAGCACCUGUAACACCCGUGACAAAAACGGAGCCUCAGGAACAAUAUACUAUACUGACACCAAUCGAGGUCUUACCUAUAGAAAGGCUAUUAAGACCUCUGAUAAUUCAACCCUGUGGGAGGAUGCCCAUACUGAGAUAAUCCUGGAUAAUGUCAAUAGAAAUUGCAAGUUACCAACCGUGAUUAUGAAUGAAGAAGGAAAUCAUUUUGAGUUUGGGGAACUAGUGUUGGAUAACCAUGUGGUUCUGGAAAUGCAUGGAGGAAACAGUACUCUAAUAGCCCAUAAAUUUAGAGGAGACAGAACAGGACAGGUGCAUCUGAGGAAUGGGCAGAAGAUGUAUGUUGAAUAUGUGGAGUCAGAGACUGGUUACACCAUUGCUCCAGUCAGUUACAGGGUGGACCGAGGUGCCACUAUCAUAGUUCCUAGUACUCUGGUUAUGCUUGGUACUCGAACCAUCAUGGCUGGAUUGCUUGUUGGUGUCCAUGAUCUUAUAAUGGCUGAAGGUGCUACCUCAGUUUUCAUGUCUACAUCCCAAACAGCCCUGAUUUCCAACAAUACAUAUUUUGAUAUAACCAAGGCAGGAAAUCUCAGUUUCAGUAGUGUUAUAGUACAGAGAGGCUCCCUUCUUGAGUUGAGAAAUAUUACUGAUGACUUAUAUCUCACCGUCAUCUUCCUCAAUAUCAAAUUUGAAGGACAAGUUGACAUCAAUCAUGGUGUUAUUGUAUCCACUACAGGCAAUAUAGAAAGUUUGGGUGUCUUGAACCUGAACUACACAGGGUAUCCUGGGCAGAUGGGAUCUGGCAAAGGAUCUACCUCAACAGAUGGGUUUAAUAUAGGGUUUGGUGGAGCACAUGGUGGGCAUGGUGGAGCACAUUGGCCAUAUACAGGAGGUAUUCCUCAUAAUAAUGUGUACAGACCUAGGGAUCUCGGAAGUGGUGGAGGCCAUGGUGGUAAUAAUGGAAUCGGGGGCAGAGGAGGAGGAAUGCUCUAUUGGCUGAAUGGAGAAGUCUUAACAAUAGAUGGCACCUUGACGCUACAAGGUGGUAAUGGAGAAGGGAUCAAUGCUGGCGGUGGGAGUGGUGGAAGUCUCCUCAUUGAUACGCUGAAUUUCACAGGCUAUGGAGAACUGAAUGUGAAUGGAGGAGCAGGUUCUCCGGCCACAUCCAGGUCCUCUGACAAGUACUAUGGUGGAGGUGGUGGCAGUGGAGGUAGAAUAGCUGUUCUGGUCAGGUUUGCCCAUAAAUAUGCUGGAGAGUUCAAAUCAGUUGGAGGGCGAGGAUCUGGAAAUAUCCCACAUGGUGCUGCUGGUACAGUAUAUAAAGAAGAGACCAACAGAGGACCUCAGUAUGCUGAUAUCAAGUACGAUAAGUCGACUAACAAGACCUAUACCACAGCAACACAUACCUACCUACAGGCUGACAAUGAAGACCUGAAUGCAGAAUUCUAUCAGCAACAUGAAGAACCAUGGCUGUACACAACAUUGAUGGCUGGAGGGAAGACGGCUUAUGAAUUUGAUGAGGUGCAUCUUACAAGACAUGCAAAUCUCCUUAUAGAUUAUCCAUACAACUCUUCAUUUGUGAAUAUCUCAAUUCACAAAUUCCUUGGUGACAGAACAGGACUGGUUCAUGUGAGGAAAGACCAAGUACUGAUUGUAGAGUUUGAAGAAUCCAAGACAAACCAAACCUUUGCCCCAUGUAGUUAUCGCAUUGAUGGAGAUGCUGAAAUAAUUUUACCAGAAAUUGCAUACAUUGUUGGAACAAGAACACUGUUAGCUGGUAGAAUUACUGGAGUUCAGGAUCUGUACAUAUCUGGAGGAGGAGAUGUUAUCUUUCACUCCACAGCCCAGACAGCACUAUUAGCCAACGGCUCCUAUACUAGUAUCACACCUAAGGGCAAUUUCACAUUUUCCACUUUUACUGUUGAAAGAAACUCCAAGGGCAACUUCACAAAUGUCACAUUACCAAUGAGUGUUUCUGUAGCAGAGUUCAGAGUCAAGUACCAAGGUGAAUUACUUAUGAACAGAGCAGAUCUGUUUUCUACGUAUGCCUGGGUUGAAAGUCAAGGUGUAUUCCAUUUGGACGGUACAGGACAUUUGGCAGAGGAAGGCCCUGGAGCUGGCUUUACAGUUGGAGGCUUUGGGACAGGAGCAGGGCAUGGUGGUGAAGGGGGCGGAUCUUACCCACCAUAUGGAGGGACACCCUAUGACUCUGUCUACAGGUCGGUGGAACUUGGUAGUGGUGGUGGAAAUGGAAGAGGAACAGGAGGCCGAGGUGGUGGACUACUGUAUUGGGAGAUUGGGGAGAAACUGGAACUUCAUGGAGUGCUUUCUGCUAGAGGGCAAGAUGGUCAGGGAAUUAAUGCUGGUGGGGGUAGUGGAGGCGCAAUCUUCAUACGUACUACAAAUAUGACAGGCCAUGGGGAGAUUGCUGUCAAUGGUGGUGCUGGCAGUGGUACCAUAGGAUGUGGUGGUGCUGGUGGCCGUGUAGCAAUACAUUGCCGCUGGAGGUACCAAUAUGGCGGACGUUUUACAGACUAUGGAGGCUAUGGAGGUUCUUCAGCAACUUUAUCUCAUGGCGCUGCAGCAGGUACAAUCUACAAGGAGGAAAAUUUAAGAGAGCUUGAAUAUAGACAUAAAAAGUAUGACAAGUUCCUGAAUACCACUUUCCUGGCCGUGGAUCAUACCUAUGUUCACAUUGACAAUGAUGGAAGGGCUGUCCCAGCUGCAACUGUUAUGAUGGAAGAAGGAAGGACAGAAUAUGAAUUUGAUGAAAUGGAACUUACUGGGUACUCAAGGCUGUUGUUUUACCACCCAUCAGAAGAUGCCCAGGUCAAUGUCACAGUCCAUGCCUUCAUUGGGGAUAAAACUGGACAAGCACAUCUGAGGAAUAAUCAGACCAUCUGGGUAGAGGUAGUAGAAUCAGUAACUAACAAGACAGAAGCGCCAUGUAGUUAUAUCAUUGACCAGGGAGCAGAAAUCAUACUGCCUGCAGAGUUCCAUGUGCACGGAACCAACAGCACUUUAGCUGGCAGAAUAACUGGCGUGAGAAGUUUGUAUAUUGAGUCUGGUGCAUGGGUAGAAUUCUACUCCACAGCUCAGACAGCCAUUCUGGAAAAUAACACCUAUAUCGAAAUUACACAACCAGGCAAUUUCAGUUUCCCAGUUUUCCAAGUCAAGAGAGGUGGUACUGGUGGAUUCUGGAAGAUCAACACAACCUUGAGUGUCCAUUCCUCAGUCCUUCAUGUUAAAUACCAAGGUGAGCUGUACAUGAACCAUGCAGAGCUUUUCACUUCAUAUGCCUUUAUAGAAAGUCAGGGAACUUUCCACUGUGAUGCAAGAGGGCACCCAGCAGAAAUGGGAAUAGGUGCUGGGUUUAGACACAGCAACAUAGGAUAUGGUGCCUCUCAUGGUGGUCAAGGAGGUGGGUCAGCUGUUUACAUGGUGACCAAUCCAUAUGAUUCAGUGUUUAUCCCCACAGAGCUAGGCAGUGGUGGUGGUAGUGGAUAUGGUGGAACAGGUGGGACUGGUGGUGGAUUACUCAUCUGGAACAAUGCACAUUACCUUGAAAUGAAUGGCCUACUAGCUCUACGAGGAGGGAAUGCGACUGGUGUCAACUCUGGUGGAGGGAGUGGUGGAAGUGUCGUUAUCAAAACCACAAAUAUGACUGGACACGGACAGAUAAACGUGAGAGGAGGAGAUGGGACUGAUCAAGGCGGGGGUGGUGCUGGUGGGCGUAUUGCAGUACACUGUAGGUGGCACUAUACAUACGGUGGUGAAUUUAUCAACAGGGGAGGCCUAGGAGAGGGCAAUAAUCUUGCCCUUGGUGCUGCUGCUGGUUCAACAUAUGUGGAAGAAAACUUGAGACCACUACAGUACAGAGUGCUCAAGUAUAUGAAGGAGCUGAAUACAACAUUCCUUGAAGUUGACCACAAGUAUGUUCAUGUGGACAAUGAAGGCCUGUUGGUUCCUGUUGCUAGUAUGCUCAUGGAGAAUGAAACCAAAUACUAUGAGCUGGAUGAACUUGAGCUCACAGGACAUUCCCGUCUAAUUAUAUACCAUCCCAACAACUCUGAAGUGGAGAUGGUUGUGCACAGGUUUAUCGGAGACAAAACUGGAAGACUGCAUUUGAGAGAAAAUCAGAAAGUUUACGUUGAAGUGGUAGAAUCUGUCACCAAUGUUACAGAGGCCCCUUGCAGUUAUGUCAUUGACCAAGGAGCAGAGGUCAUCUUCCCUGCUGUUGUCCAUCUCCAUGGUAUCAAUACUGACCUGGCUGGAAUGGUCACUGGUGUCCACGAUCUUUUUGUAGAAGACCAAGCCAUAGUUGAUUUCUACUCCACCGCACAGACUGCCUUGACUGAAAAUGGAACUUACAUUGACAUCACAAAACCUGGAAAUAUUACAUUCCCUUUGCUGACAGUGAAGAAGGGUGGGGAGUUGAAUUUUAGAAGAAACUUAAAUGACCUGACUGUGACUUCAGCUUUGUUGGAAAUAAAGUACCAAGGGGUUAUGACUAUGAACCAUGGGACAGUUGAUGUUGGGGAUGCAGACUUGGAAUCUCAGGCCAUCAUUGAUGUGUCAAAGUCUGGUCACCCUGCGGAGACAGGACCUGGGGCUGGCACCACAAUCAACAACAGAGGCUCUGGAGGGAGUUAUGGAGGAAAAGGUGGCUAUACAAAUACUAUAAGCACAGAAGUGGCAUAUGGAUCUGUAUUCACACCCAGAGUCUUUGGCAGUGGGGGUGGAAAUGGGAGAUACGGUCAAGGUGGAACAGGAGGUGGAUUUGUCAACCUGAAGGUUGGAAGAACUCUCCAUCUCAACGGCAUGCUGGAUGCUAGAGGUGGCAACGCCAAAGCAAAUGGAGGUGGUGGAGGAAGUGGCGGCAGUGUAUUGGUGGAAACCACUAACAUCACUGGGCAUGGAGUGAUAGAUGCCAGUGGUGGCAGUGGGACUGGAGAUGGGGGAGGAGGGGCUGGUGGAAGAAUUGCUCUCCAUGUUGACUACCAGAUGAACUACGGAGGAAAAUUCAUCAGUUAUGGUGGACGAGGUGGACCAUCUUCCACCCAUUCUGUUAGUGAUGGUGGUCCAGGCACGUUUUACAUGUAUGAAUCAAGAAGAGGACCAGAAUAUAGAGAGCUGAAGUACAAUCCUCGCCUCAAUGUUACGACCCUUGACCCAGAGAGAACCAGACUGAGAAUUGACAAUGGAGAAUUGCGGGUCGAUCAUCCUGCAGUUGUUAUGGAAAAUGCCACUAUAUUUUAUGAGUUUGACGAAGUCCAGGUGCGUGGGUAUUGUUAUGUACAGUUCUACCACCCAACAGGAGUUCACAAUGUAACCGUUGUCAUCCAUGAGCUGUUAGGAAAUAAGAAAGGUCUAAUCAGAGUACAGAGUAGACAGAGAGUGAUAGUCCACUUUGUUGAGUCAACACACACAUACCUAGAUGCUCCUUGUGGUGUCCAUGUUGAUGAUGGUGGGGAAGUCAUCUUUCCAACAACUACCAUACUUCGAACAGAAAGGGCAAUCUUGGAGGGACGGAUGAUUGGCAUUGAAGAACUAAUCAUUCAUGGACCUGGCAGUGAAUUUACUCUGAUAAACCAAGGCCAUACUGCUGAAGUUCCAGCAGAGGUUGAUUGGUACACUGAAGACUUCACAGAUGAUGCAACACCAGGAGUGGUGAGGAUAGGGAGAGUGGUACUCAGUGACGGAGGCAGGAUGGUCUUUCAGGCACCAAAUAGGAGUGUGGUACCAACAGUGCAGCUAUCAGAGCUGAUUGUGAAAUCUAGAAGUUCUGUAAGCCUAGAGUCUUGGUAUGCCAAUAUUACAGUCACAUCCCUGGAUGUAGAAAAGCUAGCUGAGAUCACGGGUGAAGGCUUUGGGUAUCCAAGGAAUUCAGGACCUGGAAGAGGAACAGGAUCAGGUUAUUCCAGCUCUGGAGCUGGACAUGCCUCUACUGGAGGCAAGGGCUACACAGCAUACGCAGGUGGCUCUCCCUAUGGUGCGUUGCACAAACCAAGUAAACCAGGCAGUGGUGGAGGGUACCCCUAUGGAGGCGGUGGUGGAUCACACCUCUAUCUUUUUGCUGCAAGGCGUCUCACUGUCAAUGGCCAUAUAAGUGUCAAUGGUGGCUCAGUGCCAUCCAGAAGAGUAGGAGGUGGAGGCAGUGGUGGUUCGGCCAUUAUUUACACAGCAGAUCUCACUGGUUAUGGCCUGGUGUCUUCAGAUGGCGGAAGCACAGAUGGGUAUUGGCAUGUUAGUGGUGGUACUUAUGCUGGUAGUGGAGGAGGUUCAGGGGGAUAUUUGGUCAUUAACCUACUCAACAGCACCCUGGCCUUCAAGGGCACCCUUCAGGCACUAGGUGGUGUUGCAAGAGGAGACCCAUCCAGUAACAAAAACCAACAUGGAUCUCCAGGAACUGUACUAAUCAGAGAAAUAACUGGGAAUGAUAUGUACCAGCGUCUCCAUGUGGCAGAUAGGAAUAGGGGAAAUCUGAAUGCAUGUACUUUCCCAGUACAUGUAGAAGAAAUGGAUGGCCAGAGAAUUGAUGUUAUUGAGCUAAAAGACAGGGCUUGCAUUUUGGUACCCUCAAUCACAACAGUCUUCUUAACUGGAGAUGGCACAGGACUCCUGGUAGUGCCAAACAGCAAAACUCUGAUCAUUGAUCAUGGCACUGUAGCUCAGCCCAAUGUAAAUAUAAGAGUAGACAUCAUUGGAGAGAUUGUAGUACCAAGAGAAUUUACCAUCCUAAGAUACUUUACCUUAGCAGGAGGAAUGUAUGGGGUGGAAGAUUUCAGAAUUCGAGGAAAAGCUAUGUUGAAUCACUACAGCUAUACCACAUGUAGGAAUUGCUCUGAGGGAAGUACAGAAAGAGGGCAGCACUGGUAUUCCACUCUCACAGUGCUGGCUGAUGGAAACCUGGACAUUCUAGACCAUAACACGAGAUACAUUGACAAUGCUAUGCAGAUUCGACUGAAAACCUUUGAUGUUGAUUACACUGGAAGAGUGACAAUUGGAGAUGCUCUGCGUAUCUACCCAAUGUUGUUCAAGGCUGAAAAGAGAGCCAUCAUCACAGCAGACCAUUCAGGGUACCCUGGCACCCAAGGAGAGGGUGCUGGUAGUUCCUGUGGCAACUGUGGUGGUGGUGGUGCUGGACAUGGCGGUAUAGGUGGCCAGGGUGCACGUGGUUCUUGCUCUAGCUGCUCUUCCUGUUCAUCAUCGACAAAAUGCAGUCAUGGAAUAAAGUAUGAUGAUCCUUGUAUGCCAAGUAUUGUUGGAAGUGGUGGGGGAAGUUGUAGUCAUGGAGGUGGUGGAUCAGGCGGUGGUGCUAUGAAAGUCAUCGCAAGUAGACUGCUGGUAGCAGAAGGCUCCUUUACAUCCAAAGGUUUAACAGCAAGUAAUGGUGGUGGAGGAGGAAGUGGAGGCUCUAUAUGGCUAGACAGCAGAUUCAUCGAAGGAUGGGGCAAUGUUCAUGCUGAUGGAGGUAAUGGUGCCAGUGACUGUAAUCGUUGUUAUUAUUAUUAUGAAAGCUGGUGUUGUUGCUAUCACUAUGGUGCUGGGGCAGGUGGAGGUCUCAUCAGGACUUAUGCUGUACACAACAUGCAGAAAGUUGUGAAGAAUCAAAGGUAUGCCCCUGGUGGUAUUGGCACCCACAACAACAAUGGUGCCAGUGGCUUAAUAAAUACCUGUGCAGCCAGCCAAGCUUGUGGUAACCAUGGCACUUGGAACCUUACAUCUGAAUCCUGUGAUUGCAUCAGUGGCUAUAUUGGGGACUCUUGUCAGUACAAGUGUGAUGCUUUCACAACGUGCAAUGGCAAUGGAGAAUGUAAUGAUCACGGACAAUGCGAUUGCAAUGCAGGUUAUGUAGGGUAUCGCUGUGAGCACCAGUGCGAUCCCAACACCACAUGUUCUGGUCAUGGCAUUUGUAGCCUGUAUGGCUUCUGCAUUUGUGAUUCAUGCUACCAUGGCACCAACUGCUCGAUGAAGUGCAGUGAACAUGGCCAGUGUGUCAAUGGCUACUGUAGCUGUGACAGUUGUCAUAUUGGGACAUAUUGUGAGUCUGAAUGUAAUAACCAUGGGACCUGUAGCAGUAAUAACAAUACCGAGUGUUAUUGUGAAAGUGGCUGGCGUGGAAAGAGGUGUACCACAAGAGGAUGUCCUGGAGAAGGAGAGGACUGUAGUGGACAUGGACUGUGUAAUGCUGCCCUGCAGGUGUGCUACUGUAACCCAGGCUGGAGAGGACCUGGUUGUAAUGAGCCUGACUGCCCUGGAGAACCCAACUGUAAUGGGCGUGGCCACUGUGACCCCAGCUUUGAUCCACCUAUCUGUCGCAACUGUAGCAUUGGCUGGUUUGGCCCAGCCUGUGAUGACCCUUGUGAAUUUGGCCUGGCCUCAACGGACAAUACAAAAUGUAUCUGCAGUGACCGCUGUCACCAUGGGAAGGGAUGUAACAUUGAGUGUUCUUAUCAUGGUAACUGCACAGACAGAGGCAGGUGUUACUGUGAUCCCUGGGUGGGCUGGAAGGGGAGAUACUGUCAGCGGCCUGGCUGUCCCAGAGGGGAUAGUAAAUGGGAGUGCAGCGGCCAUGGGAACUGUAACAGUCGAAAGCUGAAGUGUACUUGUAGGAAUGGGUGGCAGGGGAUAGCAUGUGAGAUACCCGACUGUCCAGGCGAGCCUAACUGUAAUGACAGAGGAUACUGUAAUCCCACACUGGACCCCCCUGUAUGUCAGGACUGUGAGAAAGGCUGGAUGGGUCCUGCCUGUGAUGACCCAUGUACAAAUGGGAUACAGGUGCCUCCAAACAGUGGGCAGUGUCAGUGCUAUGAAGGAUGGGCGGGAGUAGGAUGUAAUUCGGAAUGCUCAGAACAUGGGACCAUUACAAACACAGUCUAUAUCAAUGGAUCCAAAUCGGGUACAUGUGUCUGUGAUCUUGGCUGGAAAGGUCCUCUGUGUGACAUUCCUGGCUGCCCUGGACUUGAUGACGUAGACUGUAGUGGACAUGGAGAGUGUAACCCACCAGAGUGUACCUGUAAUAAUGGGUGGACAGGACUGGGCUGUGAGUUACCAGAUUGCCCUGGAACGCCAGACUGCUCGGGCCAUGGCUACUGCAAUGAUACCACAGAUCCUCCCUCUUGCCAGUGUGAUCCAACAUGGAUGCACGCGGACUGUGGUACCCAGUGUCUUCAUGGCACCAUAUAUCCCCCAGGCAGUGAUAAUUGUACCUGUGACCCAGGCUGGGUGGGGAUAGGCUGUGAUGUGGAGUGUUCAUACCAUGGGACUGUCAAGAACGAUAAGUGUGACUGUGACGUUGGGUGGAGAGGAGACCUGUGUGACAUCCCAGGCUGCCCAGGUGUUGAUGUAGACUGCACAGAUCAUGGCCGCUGUAAUGCAGCCAUACAUAAAUGCACAUGUUACCCUGGCUGGGGAGGAGACGGCUGUGAGCUCCCUGACUGCCCUGGGGAACCGGAUUGCAUGGACAGGGGCCUUUGUUUGGCUGCCCACGACCCACCAAUUUGUAUCAACUGUACCCAUGGAUGGAUGGGACCUGAUUGUAAUGACCCAUGCACUUAUGGUGUUCAAACUCCUCCCAAUAGUGGAGUUUGUCAGUGCCUGCCAUGUUAUUCUGGCAGGGGAUGUACAGCAGAGUGCAGUGGGCAUGGGGAGUGUACUAAUGGGACAUACUGUAGCUGUGAAAGUGGCUGGUGGGGCAGCAAGUGUGAGGUCCAAGGAUGCCCAGGAAUAGGAACCGACUGCUCAGGAAAUGGUGCUUGUAACAAGGCAGAGCAGAAAUGUACUUGUUUCCCAGACUGGACAGGCCCAGGUUGUGAGGUUCCUCUGUGUCCAAAGAACUGUAGUGGACAUGGUGUUUGUGAAGGUUCGGAUGGCCAGGCUAGAUGUACAUGUCAGUCGAAUUGGUUUGGUUUGGCCUGUGAUGAAGAAUGUAAAUAUGGUACUGUUAUGACUGACAAACUUGGUCAGGUUUACUGUCAGUGUGACUACUGUCAUACUGGUUACAACUGCAAGCAGGAAUGCUCAGGAAAUGGAUAUUGUGACCCUCUUGAGAAACUGUGUGUGUGCAACAGGGAACUUAGGAAUAGCUGGAUAGGAAAAAGAUGUGAGAUUCAAGCUUGCCCGGGUAAAGAUGGAAACUGCAAUGGACAUGGUUCUUGUAACAGCAAUGUAGAGAAAUGCACAUGUUAUCCUGGCUGGGCAGGGGAUGACUGUAGCCUACCAACUUGUCCAUCUCAGUGCUCAGGUCAUGGCAGAUGCUUCCCAGGGCGUCCACCUAUAUGCAGCUGUGCAUCAGAAUGGGCUGGAGAGAGUUGUAAUGUGCCCUGUGUCAAUGGCACCAACCAUGGUGAUGAGAGAGGCUGUGUGUGUGACCCACCCUGUUACAGUGGCGUGGGCUGCCAUGAAGAAUGCUCAGGACAUGGCCAGUGCUCACCAGAUGGCAGCAAAUGCCAGUGCAAUAAACUGAUGGGUUAUAAAGGUGACUUGUGUGAGCUCCCAGGAUGUCCCGGGUGGCCUUACGAUUGCUCCAAUCAUGGGACAUGUAACCGUGGCACCUGGACUUGUGACUGCAACCCGGGAUGGUUUGGCGAGGCCUGUGAUGAACCGGAUUGUCCUGGAAGUCCAAAUUGUCAUGGAGUGGGUGAAUGUCCUCUACCACCAGAGGGCCAGGAGCCCAGAUGUGUCAACUGUCAGCACCCUUACAUGGGGGAUGGCUGUGAACUCCGUUGUGUGUAUGGAACUCCAAAUAGAACAGAGGAUGGUAUAUGGACUUGCAACUGUCAGCCGUGCUACAAUGGACUUGCUUGUGACAUGAAAUGCUCCGGUCACAGUAAUAUUUGCUUCUCUAAUGAAACGUGUGACUGCGGAUUUGAAGGCUACAGGGGAGAUUUCUGUGAAAUCGUCAGCUGUCCAGGAUACUGGAUUGACUGUUCUGGACAUGGAGAUUGCAACCGGGCAACCAGAGAGUGCACAUGUAACCGGGGGUGGACUGGCAGAGGCUGUGAGAUCCCUGUGUGUAAGGAACAGUGUAAUGACCAUGGUACCUGCCUUCCUCUGGACACCCCAAAAUGCAACUGCACUGAUGGCUGGUUUGGUGAUGCAUGUCAGUACAGCUGUGCCCAUGGUUCAGUAGAUCGGGAUAAUAAUACUUGCUUGUGUGAACCAUGUUAUCAUGGGUAUGAAUGCAACCAACUGUGUUCUGGUAUUGGUCACUGCACUGCCAACGGGACAUGUUUCUGUGGGUUUGAGGGAGGCCGAGGUGAAUACUGUGCCGAUCCUGGCUGCCCAGGGCUGUACAACAUGGACUGUUCAGGCCAUGGCUCUUGUAUCAAAGCCACAGGGAAGUGUAUCUGCUCUGAAGGCUGGAAGGGCAGUGGCUGCCACGUUCCAGAUUGUCCUAAGAACUGUAGUGGCAGAGGAGAUUGUAGAGUAGAUGGAAAAGAAACCAUACCUUCAUGUAAGAAUUGCUCUCAGGGUUGGAUGGGCCCUGCCUGUGAUAUACCCUGUAAUGGUAUCCAGGAGCCCAUGGACAGUGGACAGUGCAGGUGUUUUGAUGAGUGCCACCAUGGAGUCAGUUGCCUACAAAUAUGUGGUGGCAAUGGCUUAUGCACAGCAGCUGGACAGUGUGAUUGUAACAAUGGAUCUUCGAUCAACCCUGGAUGGUGGGGAAAAUACUGUGAUCAACCAGAAUGCCCAGGUUUGGGGUCAUCAUGCAGUGCACAUGGGCAGUGCUCCUCAACUCGGCAGUGCUUCUGUAGUACAGGGUGGAAAGGGGAAGGAUGUGACAUCCCUGACUGCCCAGGCCUGCCAGACUGCACUGAUCAUGGUACAUGCGAUUCCAGUGUUGAUCCACCUCAGUGUAGAUGCCAGUCAGGUUGGAUGGGACUGGCCUGUGAACUGCCUUGUAGUGCACUGCAUGGUACUCCUCAGCCUGACUUUACAUGUGUCUGUGAGCCAUGCUAUACUGGGGCAGGGUGUGACUUGCAAUGCAAUGAACAUGGUGGAUGUAAUAAUGGAACAUGUCAAUGUGAAUCUGCAUGGUGGGGCCCACUCUGUACCUACAGGGGGUGUCCAGGUGUACUCACCAACUGCAGUGGCCAUGGGUCAUGUAACAUUGCUGACCAGAAGUGCAUAUGUGACAAUGGAUGGAAAGGAGCAGGAUGUAACGUUCCUGACUGUCCUGGUACUCCAGACUGUAACAACAGAGGCACCUGUGAUGGACAAGCUGUUCCACUGCCACGCUGUACCAACUGCAUCAAUUCCAUGGGUCCUUCCUGUGAGUUACCAUGUUUACAUGGUCAUGAAGAUCCUCCUUUUAGCCAGAACUGCAAGUGCAACCCCUGUUUCUCAGACCCUGGUUGCGAGACUGAAUGUUCCACACACGGUAGGUGCUCCAACAACUCCUGUCUGUGUGACACAGGGUACAAAGGUGCUCUGUGUAAUAAGUUGGAUUGUCCAGGAGAGCCAGACUGUUCUAGUAGAGGCACCUGCACCAGACAAGGAGGGCAGUCCAUUUGUCUGUGUAAACCUGGCUUUGAAGGAGCCAAUUGCUCACAACUUGUUUGUCCUGGUGAUCCACCUUGUAAUGAUAGAGGAACUUGUCAGUUGUCAGUAGACAGCAACACUCCCCACUGUGUGUGUGGUCAUGGUUUUGCUGGUCUGGCCUGUGAGAGGUGUGUGCCACAGUACACGGGAGAGCAGUGUGAGAGGUGUGAGGACAACUACAUAGGAUACAAUGCCAGCUGUAAUGUAUUGUGUAUACACGGGGAAGCUACAUUACCAGGUGGCUCCAUAUGCCAAUGCUAUAAUGAUGACACCAGGGGGCACUGGACAGGGGCCAGUUGUACAGAAUGCCAACCAGGAUUCAGAAUGCCAGACUGUGUUCAAUGCCUCAGUGACUUUGUUGGCUUGGGCCACUGCACCAUAGAAUGUACAGCCAACCAAGGAGAAUACAAGGACCCCUAUGAUGGAGAGGGUGGCCAGGAUCUUCUACUUCCCAUAGUGAACUGUGUCGGUUUGGAUGACUUUGGUAACACUUACCAUGCCUGGAUGGGGUAUGACAACCAAAAUCCACAUAAUAUUUACCUGGCUGUAGGAGCACGGAAUAAUUUCCAGUCUUCACAGGCAGCAUUGGCUACGAUUAACAUGGGGCAGCCUUCCAAGUUUAGACCUGGCCGACAUCAGUAUGUCUUCAAAGUUGUAGGACUUCCUUUGAGUGCAGUUAUUACAUGGCAGUUGAGUUACACCCCAUCUAACCAGAUAACAACUAUAGACGUGACUUCAAAUUAUACCACAAAAUGCACUGGAUAUAUCAAACCGGAAAAAAUCUCUGGAGGAACAGAUCCAGGCUUCUGCAGUUGUUUCAAGGGUUACUGGGGGCCAGCCUGCCAAUACCUGUGUCCAGGUGGAGUGGACAAUACAUGCAAUGGCCGUGGUGUAUGUGACAAAGACACAGGAGCUUGUAUAUGUGACAUCAAAUUCACCAGUGAAUCUAACUGUGCUCUAUGUGCACAGGGAAACAGGAUUGGUUCAGACUGCUCUGUGGCUGUUACUGGUGUCUCAAACAGGGACUCUAAUGGUUUCUACCAUGGCAGAGGAUUUUCGAGUGGUCACUUCAUCAGUAUGGAUGGAGCUAUGUUUGAUCUACAAGGGACUGGAGAGUAUGUACUUUUUGAUGCUACAGGAGUGAAGGUACAUUGCAGAAGUAUUGUGUCUACAUCACACAGUGUAUCCACUGCCCUGGAUGCCAUAGCAGUUCAGAUUGGAUCAGAUGUUGUCGUAUUCCAAGGGUCAACCACUGCCAGCUCACCUGUUGGCCACAUUCGGCUUAACAACCUUGAUAUCAAUUUUACACAACGGAUAACUCUGGCAGCAGGCUACGUGUACCAGAGGGUUGCAGCAGACCACUUUUUAGUUGAAGGCACUGACUUGUUGAUAGACAUCUAUGUGAGAGGACUUUACCUUGAUAUUCAUGUCAGGUGCAGAGCUAGUAUCUGUGCCACAUCAAGUGGAUUGCUUGGGUCAUGUAAUGAUAACCCACGUGAUGACUUCAGACUGGCAAAUGGAACUGUGAUAAUUGAUGCUAAUUUAAACCAGGCAGUUAUUCAUACAACCUAUGGCCCAUCAUGGCUUGCUACUGCAGCCAAUUCCUUACUGACAGCUACUGGUUUGAUUAUACCAACAGGUGCUGGAGGGCAUUGCCUGGCUUUUAAUGCCUCUCACGUGCUGUCUGGAGCACUAAACACAUUCACAGAUGCAGAGCUGACAAUGGAAUUUAAAGUUUAUCCAGAAGUGGAAUCAACUGGAUGUCAAACCUUAGUCUCCUACAGGAAAAGUGACGUAUUCAGUGUAUUACGCUGUGGCACCACCCUGAGCAUAGACUAUAAGAAUGGAGCUGUGAAAGUUGAUACCAGUAUCUCCAUCAGAAUCAGAGCUUGGCAUCAUAUUGCAUUAGUUUGGAAGAAAACUACUAAAGUCCUCCAACUGAUUGUUAUUGCAGUUGAUGGCACAGUCCAAAAUGCCCAGUAUGUUUUCAGUGAUGGCCAAAUGUUUACACCUGGAGGGUCUCUCAUGGUUGGUCAGUGGAACACUGGAAUCUCAUCUUCUGUGUACGGCCUAAACUGGAAUUUUGUGGGAAAGGUAGAUGACCUGAGAAUAUGGUCCAUAGUGAAGACAUUUACUUCAAUACAUGCAGGUGCCUGGAAGUACUUGUCAGCAAAAUCUCCAUCUUUGGCAAACCUGUGGAGAUUUGAUGAGGGAUAUGGGACAGUUAUUGUUGAUGUUGUAGCUGGGGUCUCCCUGAGUAUGCAGACAAAACCUUGGAGGCAACCAGUGUGGGAAAUCUCUUCAGCAGAAAACCAUUUCCCCUCGCUUACAACCUACAGUAUCUACAGUGUGUCUCUAACUGGUACUAAGUUAGCACAAGCCUCAAGGUUCUGCACACAGCUCCUUUACACAGCCACAUUCAAUUCAAGCUGCAAUGCAUUGGGAGAAGGCAUGAUAAGUUUGUUUUACCAGUCCUGUAUUUACAACAUUGGGGCCUAUGGAAACAAUGAGGCAGCAUUGGAAAUACUGGUGUCCUAUUCAGACUAUUGUAAAUUUGUCCUUAACAGACAGGUGUGGCCUGCCCAAGAGUUCUGUAAGACAUUCCCAACAAGACAUUUCCCAAAAUGGAAAGGUGAGAACUGUGAUGAACUGUGUAUAUCAGGCCAAGCAAACUUGACCGAUGGUGCCUGUCAUUGUUUCGAUGGCUACUUUGGCAACAACUGUGAUGGUAUGUGCCCAUCAGAUGGCAAAUCUCCAUGUGGUCAAGGGACAUGUAACAGUACUGGUCAGUGUAUGUGCCCACUUAGUCGAAAUGCAACCACCUUGUGCAAGACCUGUAAUGAAGGGUGGUAUGGAGAAAGAUGCGAGUCCUAUGAAACAACGGUACCUCCAAGAGAUGGGCCUCAAGUUUGCCAGAUAUAUGGAUUCUCUCACUUCAUCAUGUUUGAUGGGCAGAUGUAUGAUAUGACAACUCCAGGUGAAUAUGUCCUGUUCCAGACAGGUAAUAUCACUGUCCAUGUGAGGCAGCUCCCAUGUGAAUACAGCACAUGUGUCACAGACGUGUGGAUGGCAGUUGACAACUACAGCAACAAUGUUACGUUCCAUGCCAGUGAAGAUGAUCAAACAGAAAUAGGUUACUGGAUCAAUGGAGAAGAAUCCACAUUUGACAAGGCUCUAGAAAUUGCAGGUGAAGUUCACUUGGAGAAGAAAUCCAAAACCCAAGUCAUUGUUUCAUAUUCAGGCAUGUUCAGAAUUGAUUUAUCAUCAAGAAUAGGGAUGUUCUCUGUUGAAGUUACAAGUAAGAUCUCAUCAUUCUGUGAAAGUGCUUCAGGGCUGUGUGGAAACUGUGAUGGCAACACAAAUAAUGAUUUUGUAACAGCUGAUGGUAUGGCAGUUGCAAUUAGAAAUAUUAACAACACCUUCAUCAAUAGUGUAUUUGCUGCUAAGUUCAAACUGUCAGUGUCUGUGAGCACAGGAUUCAUCUAUACAUUCCCAAACAUGAUUGUUUCCAAGAGAAUAACCAGCUCUACCAGAUAUGGACUAUAUUUUAAUGGCACCAGCUGCAAGACCACUCCACUUGAAAAUGUUUUUAGCACAAGCAGAGACGUCAGCAUACAAAUCAGUCUGAAAUUGCACAGAUACGCAGACUCUGGACAUGGAGGCAUCAUCAUGGCCUAUGAUAAAGAUAGCAUAUUUGCCCUCAGUGUGUCCAAUACAUUGGCAAUACAUACAAAUGGAAGAACAUAUAACACCAGCAUGUCGGUCAGUUUAAGCAUAUGGCACCACCUAAUCAUUUCCUAUGUCAGACAGACAAGAGCCUGUACUCUGUAUCUUUUUGACAACUUGGGACAUGUGCAGGUAUUCACAGUGAUAGUGGAUAUCGACAUUGACAUAUUUCUGCCUGGAGGUGUGCUUACGCUUGGAACAUGGCUGCCAGAACAGGGACAGAUUCCCUACCUCCUUCCCAAUGAUCCUAUUGAGUUCCAAGUUAACUACAUCAGGACAUGGGAACGGAGCUUCACAGCUCCAGAAGUAAGUCAGCUGUACAAGACGGAUAUUGGGGUGAGGAUUAGUGGAGUAAGUGCUGUUUGGACAUUUGUGGAAGGAAAAGGAAAGCAGUUGGUUGACCUAUUGGGAAAUAAUGUUUUCACAUUCCCUAAAAAGAAAGAAGAAACACCCAUUUGGUAUGCAUCUGAAGAUUCUUCACUGCCUGCCCCAAGAGUUGCAGCAUCCUAUUUCAACAGAACCUUAGAGGCCAUGGCAGAGGAAAAAUGUCUACUUCUUACCACACAAAAUGAGAUGACAUUACUUUGUGCAUCAAUUAAACUUGAUUUCUUCUUCCAGACAUGUAUAGCAGAUGUGAGGGCAUCUCAUCUGCUAAUUGCCUAUAGUUUUUCAGUACAGGCCUAUUUCAGUCAGUGUCGGGCUGUGGUCAAUGCAUCAGAAUCCCUGUGUGAGGCUCUCAACUCAACUGUGACUGAUGAAUUGGAGGCUGAAUUGGCUUGCAGUACUAACUGUAAAUUUGGCUCUCUCACUGAAGAGGAAGUAUGCAUAUGUGACCGGGGCUACUGGGGUGAGACCUGCUCAGAGACUUGUCCAGGAGGGGCCAGCAACCCAUGUAAUGGCCAUGGCACCUGCAACGCCACCAGUGGUCACUGUGACUGUGAAGUCAACUGGAGAGAUGAGACAGACUGUACACAAUGUGCUGAAGGCUGGGUGGGCCCCAACUGUGAAUUGUAUGCUCCAUCAUCCGAAACCAAUAUCACAAGGAAGGUGUGUGCCACAUUUGGAACUGGACAUUUUGUGACUUUCUCAGGCUUCAACUAUGAUUUCAAAGAAGUAGGGGAGUACUACCUGGCCAGGAACUCUAUUAGUUCCUUCUUUGUUCAAAUUAGAACUGAAGAUUGUUUCAGACAAGCUGCAUGUACAAGUGCUGUGGCAGUGUAUUUAAAUGGAGAAAUGUUCCUCAUAAGAGCUGGUCAAAGAAGAAAUGAUUCUCUGGCUAUCUGGAAAAACAACUCUAGAUUGGCAUUUAGUGGCCAAGAAGAGAAAGGACAACACUUGGUUUUCAAGCAGCAUUCUACAUUUGAAUAUGAACUGGCAAGUGUCCAUUCAGAUGUUAAGAUAAGAAUAAGAGUAGUUAGGAAAUACUUCAUGCUGACCAUGACUCUAGCCAGUGAUUUCUGUGAUAGUGAUGGUGCAGCUUGUGGGGAGUGUAAGGGAUAUGGAACUUUGAACAACGAAACUAACAUCAUCAAUCUGAGUCAGUCUUGGAAAGUAUCAAUCUCAGAAACCUUAUUCACAGCACUGUACAGUGAGAAUGUGUUUGAAGAAAGGAGGAAUUUGACAGGUGCUGGUUACUGCUUAGAAUUCAACAAUACAUUUAUAACUACUGGUUUUUUCAAUGGAACUCUCUUGAACACUGUUGACAUCACAAUUGAAUUGCUUAUCCAGACUUACUCUGCAAAUGGAGUGAUUCUUUCUAGUGGAACAUCAUCAGGAUUGGUCAUCUUUCUUGACCAUUCCAUAAAGAUAAUGCUGGGAACACACACAUUUGACACUAGGUUUGUGCUAAUUCAUCAUGAAUGGUACCAACUUGCAGUUGUGGUAGACAGAACUUCUAGCAUCUUGUCCUUCUACAUGUUUGAUUCCAAUGGGGUUUUACAUCAAAGAGCAUUUGACAUAGCCACAGUGCUAUUCACCUUUUCACCAGAGGAUGUUCUUGUUUUGGGCGAGUGGCAACCUUCAGGUAUAGAGAUACCUACAGUAAAGGGUUUCCAUGGUCAGAUUGAUGAGCUACGUGUGUGGCACAAAGCUUUCACUGUCAGUCAAGUUUCAGCAAGAUGGCAAGUCAAUGUUCUUGCAGGGCAACUUAGCCUGGCCUUUUUAUGGAAAUUUGAUGAAGGGGAAGGGGACGUUGUUCAUGAUUUAGUGUCUGGUAACAACUUUGGCAUCAUCACUCAUCCAAAAACAUUGGCAAAGGCAAGAUGGAAGUUCUCAAGUGCACCAGUAGCCAUUUUAGCAAGGAAAUAUCAUCAUGUGUACCUUGAUCCAAAUGAAGAGACAACAGUGAAAUUACAUUGCACAAAACUUGUAGAGACAUCUUUUCUUGGUAGAAGUUGUGGGUACCUCAGCCCAAGUCUACAGAGUUUCUACCUGCUAGCAUGUGUUGAUGACAUUUACAAUACUGGAGAUUAUGAUUGGGCCAUUGCAUCUGUGAUGUCGUUCUCGGAUUAUUGUCAAAUGGAGCUGAAUGCUACUUCAUGGCCUGCACAGCAUUUAUGUAACAUAUUUUCCAGAAAUAUGUUCCCCAGGUGGUAUGGCUCCAAUUGUACAGAGGAGUGUGCCUUCCCUGGUCCUGAUUUUGUCAGCUGCAAUUCAUGUGCACCAGGAUUCUGGGGCAAAUACUGUAACAAACUGUGCCCUGGCGGAUCCCAUGCGCCUUGUAAUAAUCAUGGCACAUGCAAUAAAACAGAUGGAAAAUGUGAAUGUGAUUUUACAUGGGAGGGAGACAACAACUGCACAACAUGCACUACAGGCUGGUUUGGCGCUGAUUGUUCUCUUAUUUUACAGGACCAAAUAACUACUGAUUACCGUUUUUGUUCUUCCAUCCGUAAUGGGUUUUAUGCCACAUUUGAUAGAUCAUCUUUCAUGUUCCAAGAUGCUGGUGAUUAUGUACUGUACUCUGAUACCUCAAACAACCUGACCAUUCAGAUCAAGCAAAUUAACUGCAGAAACAGAGAAUCAUGUAUAGUUGGCGUUAGCAUGAUGGUAGAUGAAACCAUACUGAUUUUGGACACCUUAUCACAUGAACACUUAACAAGAAUAUUCCUCAACCAGACGUUGAUCACCGUGGACAAGGAUCAUGGUAUUACAUCCAGAUACACCCUGCACCAAAAGUAUGAGAACUACUUCGAGAUAGAUGGGUCUGAUGGUUUCAUUCUCACUGCAGAAUACAUAGACGACUACUUUAAUGUUUACUUGAGAGUGAAGUCAGUGAAUUGUCAAACAGCUAAUGGCAUAUGUGGUACUUGUUCUACAUCAGCUUCUGUAAGCACAUGUACAGAUGAUGUGUGCCGCAUUAAGGAGCUUGGCCUCUAUCAGUUUUCAACUCAUUUUAGUCUCCAUCAACAUACCCUUUAUCACAGCAUUGUUCAGUGGAGAGUUAACACUUCCAGGAGUUUAUUUUUGACACCUGAGUAUACAGAAUCAAUACCUUUACAAUUAAGCCUUAUUCAGGGAGGUGCUUAUGCCCUCUUUUUCAACAAUUCUGGCAUAGUUUCUCAUGAGGUAUCUAGUCAAGUGCUGUAUGGCAAUUACAUAACAAUCGAGUUCCUGUUUUACAUGUAUGGCAACACCACAGGUCAGGCUGGGGGGACUUUGAUCUCCUAUACUAAAAAUCUUACAUUUGCUGUCACUGUUCAGGACUAUGUUGUCACCUUGGUCUAUGGUAGCACCACCAUUGUAACAGACAUCAGGAUAGAUGUAAAUAUCUGGAGCAAGAUUGCAUUCACUUAUUUCAAGGUUACUGGCCAACUCCGUAUAUAUUACAUUAAGGAUGAACGACAAGCUCUGUACAGACAGUAUACCAUAGGACUUGGAUGUUUUGCACCUGAGGGGACAAUAGCAUUAGGGAAAUGGCAGAUACCAACAGUGGAUGUGGGACAAGCUCCCUAUCAGAACUUUGUUGGAGUGAUUGACCAGUGCUUGAUUUGGAAUAGAUGGGUUUCUCCAGCUGAAAUGAUCAAUAGAUGGAAUAUCAAUGUGCAUCCACAUGAUUGGGCUCAUCUAGGGAUCUUUUGGAACUUUAAUGAAGGACAAGGAAGGACAGUUCAUGAUCAGAUGGCUAAGGUGCAUCUUACUAUUCCUCCACCAACUUUCAAGAUUCCAGCCUGGGUCAUUUCAACAGCCCCUGUACCCAUAGACAGCAUUUCCUCAGAGUUUUCAUCAAAACUACCAUUCUCGGACCCUGAGUUUGAAAAAAAAGCAAAAUCAUUUUGUUACAGACUUGUCUUAACUGGAAUUUUAUACGGACAAUGUAAAACAAUCUCAAGAACAGCGUAUUUUACUUAUCAGACUUGUCUGUGGAACACAGCAGUAAAUGGCACACUGGAAGCUGCUCUUGAUUCAAUUCUGUACUUUGCUCACCGGUGUCAACAGGAACUGCACCUUCCAAUUUGGCCUGCAAAAGGUCUUUGCAAUCAGCUAGGUCAAGCAUUUCCUUUGUGGGGAGGACGUACAUGUAGUGUGGAAUGUAACUUCGGUCAUGUUGAUUCUUUUAAUGUCUGUAUUUGUCACAAGGGUUACUGGGGAAGGAAAUGUGACAACGUCUGCCCAGGAGGGUCAUCCAACCCAUGCAAUGGCCAUGGAGAAUGUGGCCAACAGAAUGGAAAAUGCACCUGUAAGACCAACUGGAGAGGAAAGGAGUGUGACUCUUGUAGUCAAGGAUGGAUAGGAGCUGAUUGUUCCAUAACAGAGCCCCAGCUACCACCAGAUCAUGAGGCAGUGUGUAGUGCAGAUCCUGAUGGCUUGCUCACUACAUACGAUGGCUAUACCUAUGGUAUAAACCAAGUGGGAAUAUUCUCAUUGACAUCAUCUGUGAAUCUGGCUGUAGAGAUCAAGUACGGAAACUGUGGUCGUAGAGGCCUUUGCAUGCAGCAAGUUGCUCUUCGCUAUCUUAGAGAAAAUUUUGUCAUAGAAAAUAGCAGGACUGGACGAGGUAUACAUAUAAACAUCAAUGGACACAGAACCAACAUUGGAAGAAGAGGAGUUUCAAAUCGUGUCAGAGGUGGAUGCAGUAUUUUGAUUAUACGUCAAGGCAACAGAUAUAAAUUUAGCAUUGCAGACAUAGAAUUUGAAAUGCUUGUCCGUGUAGCACCAUUCCGGAUGUAUGUGGACUUAACAAUGCCCUCUUCUUUGUUAUCAAACUUGGAAAUGUCUGGACUCUGUGGAAGAUGUGCUGACUGCCCCAUGCGCCCUGUCACCCAAUCCUGUGGAUUGCUUCCUCUUAGAAGAAGCAGAGCUUCUGACUCAAAUGGCAUGCUAGAUUUAGGGUCACACACAACCGAGGCAGACCUGGCAUCUGUUGUUAAUAGUAUGAUGGUCAGACCUUAUGAAAGCAUCAUAAAAGAUGUGCUUGACCCAACAGGAGCAGGGUAUGCAUUAUGCUUUAGGGAUUCCUCUGUUACAGCCCAGAAAUUUGAUGCCUUUGACGGAGCAGAUUAUGUCACCAUAGAACUUCUGGUCAAACGCUGUCCUUCUUGUUCAGGAACCAUAAUGUCUUAUGCUUACAUCAAGUGUUUUUAUGUUCAGCUUGAAACUGAUGGAAAUAUUAGUUUGAGCUAUGAUGGCUAUGUUUGGAGAACAGGAGUUGAGCUUGAAGAGGACCAGUGGAACCAGCUGUCCUUGGUCUGGAGUGUGCAAUCUUUAUCACUGGACGUAUACAUCUUCAGCAGCACUGGUGUUCCUCGCAGGAGGAGAUUCAGCCUGCCGUCAAACCCAUUUGUAUCUGGAGGUACCCUCACUUUGGCAGAAUGGCAGCCAUCUGCUGACAGCAGUGGCAUACAACCUAAAGGAGAAAGGUUCCGUGGCUGUAUUGAUGAGCUUAGAGUCUGGAAUAGAUACUUUGACACUGUAGUAAUACAGCAGAAUUGGAAUGUGAACUACCAAAAUGGUGCUCCACAUUUGGUUAGCCUUUGGAAUUUUGAUGAAGGAAUAGGUAAUACUUCAACAGAUGUUAUAUCCUCACACCAGCUGACAUUUUCUACAACUUCCUUAUCACAACCAACAUGGCAGGUAUCAGAUGCACCUGUACCACACCUGUCUGAGAAAGUGGAAGACUACAUAACACAGUCUGAGAGAUUGAAGAGGUCAACGGGGAUUUCAGUGGAAGUUGCUCAGCAACAAUGUAUGAAGCUCAUGUUUUCCCAAACAUUUAAUAGCUCCUGUCCUACCGGCAAUCCUAUAAAAAUAAAAUAUGCAGAACAAUGUAUGGCAGACAUAAUUGCUGAAGAUAACCUGAAUGCUGCAGUCUACACCACCGUGGCUUUUGCAGACUACUGCCAGCUUGUUAUUCCCAACAAUACAUGGCCAGCCCAGAGUCUUUGCAACCAGUUUUCAUACAAUGCUAACUUCCCAAUGUGGAUCGGGGACAACUGCGAUAUUCCAUGUGUCUUUGGCAAUGCAGCUGAGAAUGACAAUAGUCGGUGCAUGUGUACCGAUGGGUAUUGGAACCAGUCUUGUGAUACAGAGUGCCCGGGUGGUGCUUUUAAACCCUGUGCUGGGUAUGGCAAUUGUGAUGUGAACAAUGGUCAGUGCAGUUGUCCUCUACAUAGGCAAGGUGCACCUGACUGUAUUGUCUGCUCUCAGGGCUGGUAUGGUGAAGACUGUACCAUGGCCAUUGCUAAUAACACUGUAAACACUGCUGCAGCCUUCAUUGCCUCCAAUGGUGUCAUUGUCACCCUAGAUGGCAUUCAUCACCUAGUUACAUCUAAUGGGGAGCAUUAUCUUCUAAGAACCUUUGAAGAUCAGUUUGUGCUGCAAGCUAAGUUUAUUAAGUGCUAUGGCACCAGUUCAUGCAUGACCCAUGUUGCACUGAGGACUGGAACUCCACAGAAUGGAUUUGCUACAGUUUCCAUAGCAGCACCAAGAAGUUUUAAGGACUAUCCAACAGUGUAUGUGAAUGGCCAGCAGACAGAGAUAUUCAAAACUGUGUACUUCAGAGGUGUGUCCCUUUCUAGAGUUUCCAACAGAGAAUUCCACAUUGACGGACCCUAUGACAUCACUGUCACUGUACAUUCAAAUGGAGUUUUCCUGGAUAUGCACCUAACAAUGCCAUCAAGAUUCAUUGCAGGAACUGCAGGCCUGUUGGCUGGAACUAACAGAGAAAAUGAAUUGGAGAGACUAGGACUCUUUGAAGCAAACUUUGGUCCUUUUGCAAACCUUCAAGUUUGCAAUACAAGUUGGCCUGUUCAGAGACCAUCCCCAGUUCCUGUGGAAUACCAUCCUUUCUCAGAUUUUCCUGUUGUGAUGAAUGACAGUUUUAGAAACCUUACGGCCAGCAAUUCCUCAUAUGAUACCUUUGUGCAGUAUGUGAAAAACUGGGAAGUACCUGAUUGUGACUCCUUCAUUGCGUACCAAAGCAAAGAACACCAGCAUCAGGCAACAGGUGGUUUUGCACUCAAGUUCAACUCAUCUGCUGCCUACACAAGCCAAUGGGUAUCAAGACUUAAUUUAUCUGGUUUACUAACAAUUGAACUGGAGCUAAAAUCGUUGGACAGUGAAACAGAUAAUGGUGUUCUAUUUUCCUUUGCAUCAAAUACCACAUUCUCAAUUUCCAAUCACUGGAACAUUACCUUGGAUGAUGGUAGUACAUCCUACCCAAGUGCCAUUCAUUUCCAGCCAAAGAAAUGGAACAAGAUCAUUAUUACCUAUGACGGUUCAACUGGGACCACUAACUUGUAUCAUUUUACUGAAGAAGGAGAUGUUCACAGACAUCAGUACCAACUUAGACCAGGUAUCUUUAGCUUACCAGGGACUUUGACUUUAGGUCAGUGGCAACCACCAGCUGAUGGAGAAUACCACCAAAUUCUGAAACCAUUCAUUGGCACUAUUGACAAUUUCUAUAUCUGGAAUAGAAUACUUGAACCAGCAGAAGUAUUGGACAGGUUUAGGGGGGGAGUUCCCUCUGUUACUCAGUAUCUCCAUGUAGCUUGGAGCUUCAACGAAGGUGAUGGCCACCAAUUGUUUGACAUUGUAAACCAAAAGAUGCUAGAGAUCCCAUCAGAGCCGUGGAGAAGUCCAACUUGGGUUCCGUCAGAUACUGAAGUCAGCCUGCCUUCAGUUGACAGCACUUUCCUUUACCAGGCAAUAUUUCAGGACCAGGCAUUGAAGACUGUUGCUAACAAAACUUGCUCUGACCUAUUUAUGGAUUCUCCACCUCACAGCUGCAAAGGACUAGGCACAUGGGUGCUACACUUUUAUUAUAUGGUAUGCCUCAGACUGGUCAGUGAAACAUCCAAUGUAGACAGUGGUCACCAACUAUUUCUAAGCUUCUCAACCUACUGUUCCCAUGUUAUGAACCCACCGUCCUGGCCAGCACAAUCUAUGUGUUCAAAUUUAACAUUGGUAAAGGAUUACAUUUCUCAUUGCAACCUACACUGUGUCUACGGGCAGUUGAUAAACGGACAAUGUAAAUGCGAUCCUGGACACUAUGGCACAUAUUGCGAUAACACCUGCCCUGGUACAGAUGGCAAAGGAAUAUGCAGUGGACAUGGUCAUUGCAAUGUAACAGGACAAUGUGAAUGUGAUGUCAACUGGCAAGGAAGCUUUGCUUGUGACAAAUGUAGCCCCCAUUGGCUUGGUAAUGACUGCAGUGUGGCAACCAACCCCACCAUAGACUCUCAGCAAACAAGAAAAGCAUUAGUGACCUCAAGAGGAGGAAUCCAAACACCCGAUGGUUUGCUGUUCCAUGCUGAAGGGUAUGGUAUCUACUGGCUUCUUCACAAUAAUGGCAUCUCAACACCACAAGUACAGGUACAGAAAACAUUUUGCAACAGGGCAAGUUGUAUUACAGGCUUAGCUGUUCAGUUUGAGGACAAUAAACUGACUAUAAUGCUGAACAACGAGGACAACUCUGUUGAAAAAGCCAACGUCUUAGUGAAUGGACAAAGAGCUACAUUCAUUGGAACAACCCUACAUGUAACACCACAAUGGGAGUUAAAUGUGAAGACACCUUUCUUAUAUGAAAGCAGAAUAGCAAAUCCAAAAUUGAACCUUGUCAUCCAUAUUCAAGAUGCCAGCUUGGUCAUUCUUGUAGAAAGUGUGGUCAGUAACUGUGUUAUGAAUAGAGGCCUUUUGGGAACAUGUAAUUCACACCAAGAUGAUGAUUUACAGCCACUUGAUCUGAACACUAUCACUCAAUCGAAAAUCAAUGAACUGGUUAUGAGAGACUAUGCUGUAAUUAUGGCAGAUAACUUAUUUGAGAAUUACAUACCUGUCUCCUCAACAAGUGCUGGUUAUUCCCUUGCUUUCAAUAACACAGAUGGACUUACAGAUCAGUCAAUACAUAUCUUCUCUACGGACAUUGCUGGUGCAUAUGUUACUAUCUCGCUAACAUUCAAGGCAGAGCAGUUUGGCGGAAUCAUUUUCUCUUAUGCAGGACAGAGUAGCUUUGCCAUUGAAAACACCCCUAGUGUAACUUUGCAUUUCAACAAAACUACAUACUCAACAAACAGUCAAGUUCAGCUAAAUGAGUGGAACCAGAUCAUUCUAGUGUAUGACAGGGAAGCACAAGUCUUAGACUUUUACCAUUUCACUUCAUCAACUAACCUUACAAGAAGCACCAUCAAAGUACAUCAAGAAGUCUUUCAGCCAGCAGGAAGAAUUGCACUUGGUCAGUUGUUACCAGCACCAGAUGGACAUACCUAUAACCUUGACAUGACCUUCCAUGGUAUGAUAGACAGAUUAAAUAUAUGGAAGAAACACUUUGUUCCUGCUAUGGUGUAUCAGCUGUAUGCUUUAGAUGUCUAUCCAGAAAGUCUUUACACAGAUCUGUUGCAUGUGUACAACUUCAAUACAGGCAGUGGAUAUGUAGCUGCUGAUGGCACUACAGCAGCUGACAUCAUGCUACCUUCCAAACCAUGGACAUCUCCACAGUGGAAACUUUCAAAUGCGUAUGUGUCAACUUUGGUUUCAAAACCAAACAAUUAUGUGUUCCAUAAUGAAACACUGAGAAUACAGGCAGUGAACAGAUGUCAUGCUUACUUCAACUCUUUGGCAUGUUCAGAGGCUUCAGUUCCAAUAAAAGAAUUCCUUUACCUGGAGUGUAUUAAAGAAGUAGCAAUAACAGACACCCUGGAAGCAGCAAUGCCAGCCAUAGCAACCAUCGCCAAUUGGUGUUCAUUCAGCUUUGACAGAAAUGCACUGAACAUAUGUAAUCAUACCACAGAAUCGCCUAUUUGGCUACAAUCAAAAUGCAACAAAUGUCACUUUGGCUUGUUAGAUAGUUCUGGACAAUGCCAGUGUUUUAAUGGAUUUUGGGGACAGCAGUGUGACAGAAUGUGUGCAGGAAACUUUCCCAAACCUUGCAGUGGCAAUGGAAUAUGUUUAGACAAUGGGGUAUGUCAGUGUAAUGUUAACUGGAAUGGAACAGACUGCAGCGUGUGUUCAUCUAAUGUGCAUGGGGAGGACUGUUCUCUCCUUGUAAUCCCCAAUCAUGGCAUCAUAGGACAGAUUGGAGCACAAGGCCAUGUUACUACAUUUGAUGGAGCAAUAUUUCAGGUUCAAUCUGUUGGUUGGUACACAGUACUCAAUAGCAGUGCCGAUGACUUCACAUUGUCAGUAAAGUUUGGGAUGUGCCCUACAAAUGAUAUCUCCUCUUGUGUACUUGCAGUAAGGAUGCACAAUUACAACAAGACCUACACAUUAGGGAGAGCUGGGCUACAAGAAGUGUCUCCCUUUAUAUGGGUCGAUGAGAAGAAGGUGGUGAUCAACCAUUCUGAAACAUUUGAAAAUAUUACUCUUAUAAGACAAGACAAGCAUACUGUAAUAUUGACCACCGUGGAUGAUGACAUGAAACUCAAGAUAAGAGCAACUAGAUACAGCCUGGCACUUACCAUUGUGACAACUGAAAGAACAGCAUCCCAUUUGACUGGACUAAUGCAUAGCUGUAAUACUCAAAAAGCAAUCAUGCAAUCACCAUGUAACUACACCAAUGAAGAGAUAUGUUCAUCCUCACCGUAUACCUGCAGUAAAGAAAUAACAUCAGAGACCAUAAAAACAUACACUGAACAAUUUUUGCACUCUGAUGCCCAGGGUGACCAGACUAUCAGUUCUGAACCAUACACAAAUGCUGGUUUGGCCAUGAGCUUCAGUGGCACUGGGGUAACUGCAGAAUCAGUUGUCUUUCCAUUAGAUUCUCCAUUGUCAGUAGAGCUUCUUGUCAGGCCAGAGUCCCAUGGAGGUAUUAUCCUCAUGUAUGCCACAGAAUCAAUUUUGGCAGUGUAUGAUACUGCAUCAGGACUGAAGAUCCAGAAUGAUGCCACUUUGAUCCAGACUGGUCUCAAGAUGCAGCUCCAUUUGUGGAAUCAGCUGGUGCUGGUGUUGGAUAACAAUCAGAAAGUCCUCAAUGUGUACCUUAUCUCUCCAGCUGGGGAACUCAAUGUGGAGUCUGUUGCCUGGCAAAGAGAUGCAUUUCCAGCAAACGGGACUCUUACUCUUGGACAGUGGUAUGCCCCUGCAUCUAUCCACACACCAUUAGAAAGACCAACAUUCUAUGGAUUGAUUGAUGAGCUCAGAGUGUGGACAAGACCAAUGAACCCAUCAGUGGUACGAGAUUCUUGGAAGGCACAUGUCAGUCCAAUGACAGAUGGUUUAAAGAUGUGGUGGCCAGUGAGAAAUGGGGAAAUCCAAGAGAGCAUAGAAAAACAUCACACAUUGGAUUCUGUAUCUUCUUGGUUUGAUAUUGAAACCAUGCCAUCUGAUCUUCACCUGUCUAAUGACAAAGGGCUCUUUGUCCAUCCAACUUCAACUCGAGACCCAGUGUUAAGAGUAAGAGCCAGGGAAAUCUGUAGCGAAAUUUUCACUGGAACCAAUUGGACCCAGCACUGCUCAGGCUUAGACAAAUCCAUGGUGAUUUACUAUCACCACAGGUGUGUGGAUGACUUUCUUGCCCACGGUUAUACUGAAGUACCUGAUUCUGUUGCUGAAAUAUCAGAUUACUGUCAACUAAAUUUCAACCUUACCAUAAGUCCGUUGGUGUCUCCAUGCAGCCAAUCCUCAGUUGAUGCUGUUAAUAAUGAGGUGUGCACCACAAACUGUGUUUUUGGAAAAUAUAUCAACAAUACAUGUGAGUGUAAUCCAGGGUUCUGGGGUUCUGAGUGUAGUGAGGUAUGUCCAGGAGGGUCACUACUCCCAUGUUCAGGACAUGGAUCAUGCUCCUCAAUGUCUGGUGUCUGUAACUGCACUGCUCAUUGGCAGGGAGAAGACUGUGCUGAGUGCUCCCCAGGAUGGAAUGGCUCUGACUGCUCCCUGGCAAUACAAAACAUGACCAAGGUACUGAAAACCACCACAGCCAUGGCAUUUGGAAAUUACAUCACUACGUUUAGUGGAUUAUCAUUCACUAUGACUACACUUGGCCCUUAUGAUAUGCUGUAUGUUGAAGAUUCUGUUAAGGUCACCAUCCAAGCAGUGUUUGCACCCUGUGUGAGUGAUUUGUCCUGUAGAAAGAUGACAGGUGUUGCAGUGAAGGCUGGUUCCACCAUAACAUCAGUGCAGAUAGAAACACUAGAUCAUAUAUCAGUCAGUGUCAAGAAAGGGGAAACAGAAUGGUCAGAUAUCAGCUUCUCUGGAAUGGACAGCACUUCAGACCUAGUGGUGAAAUGGGAAAAGGCAGGCCUGGUCAAAAUUACAGUCACUGAUGCAGACAUUAAUGUUUUUGUUGCUCUCACACAUAAUGAGUUAUUCUUGGGAGUGAUCAUUUCUGAUGUCCUAUCAAAGGGAGGAAAGGGGCUCCUGGGGUUCUCUGAUGUCAAAUUGCAGCCACAUCUGCUAAAUCAGACCUACAUUGACACCGUUGUCUCUGGCAGCACUGCUGUUGGCUCAUCAGGCAGAUAUUUUAAAACUCCUAUGGAUAGCAGAGAUAGUGCUGUGAACAAUGGAUAUGCAUUAUCUGUUACCAAGGGGUCAGUGAAACACACAGGAGGGAUACCAAGCAUGUCACUUAAGGAGUUCACAGUUUCCUUCUGGGUAAAAUUCUCACUGUCGGACACUCAAAACAUGAUCCAGCUGUUAAAACUACAGACCAAUGCAUCAGACUUGACUGUGACAGCCACAGGCAAUGGUGUAACAGUGAAGUGGCAAGAUUACACUUUGGGAACAACAAUGAAGGUUAUUGACUGGGUGCAUGUCUCAGUGACAUGGAGGGCCUCGGAUGGAAGACUGGUGCUAGGUGUGUUUGAUCAGCGAAACGUCUCAUCGUCAGAUGUGUAUGCUGUUGCCAUAAACAACAUUAUCACAAUCACUGGGGUUGAAUUGGGUGACACAGCAGCAGUGAGUCCUAUUGUUUUAGACAACAUUGAAAUAUGGCAGUAUGCAAAAACUUUGACCCAGGUUGAAAGUAAUUCACAGAAGUAUAAUACCAUAUACAGACCAGGUCUUCUUCUUUCUUUGCCACUGGAUGAAGGAUAUGGAGAAACAACACAAGGUAUAGUGUACCUCAGUGAACAGACCUCAGUCUUGGCAAUGAAAAUAACUGCAGAAAAGAUCAAGUGGGCAGUAUCAGCAGUGCCUUACAGAGAUCGCAGUGUACCUGUGCCAAAUACAGGGCCUACUGGAAAUACGACUGAAAUGUGUGAUGCUCUCUACAGGCAGGGGGCGAUACAAGAGCACUGCAGUGACCUCUCAGCAUCAUUAGAAUUUUACCACCAAGCUUGCAUCAACGUAGCAACAAAAAAUGAAACUGCCGCCAUGUUCUCAUUCUACUGUCAAAACACUUUAGCCUUGGAAGCAUGCCCUCUAAAAGAUUACUUCGAUGCAUGUGAAGGCCCAGCGAAACAAGACGAAGCAUUCCCUGUUGGGUUAGUUGUUGCAGCAGUGCUGGCAGGAGUAUUGUUGGUGGUAUGCAUUAUCGUCUUCAUCGUUGUCAAGCAUCAUCGCAAGAAGCGGCUCACCCGUUCAACAACUUGGGAAGAACCAAACCUCAGAGAAGCUUCUGCAUAUGCACCAUUUGACCAAAGCCAGGGCACAUUUAUGUCCAAAGGGUUUUCACCACGCAGCUCAUGGUCACGAUGGAGUUCCCGCCAAAGUGGCUAUGAACGACACAGUGGCGUAGAAGGUGACAGUGCAGCGGCAUCGCCUGAUCUGACCAGAGUGCAAAUUGUUGAGACAGAUAACCCAGUUUUUGAUCCAGAAUUAUUACCUGAUGAAGGACCAGAGUCUCCCUCAAGGACAAUUAUUCAGAUUCCUCUACGAAGACCAACUGAUGACAAGAAUACCCAAUUCUGAGGAAAAAAACAUUUACAAAUACAUGGUUAUUAAUGAUUAAAAAAACACUUCAUAGAUUGAACUUUAAUUUAUUAUUUACUAAUGUCUGAUAUUUUAAUUAAAGCUGCAUAUUAUAAUUGAAUUGCACAAAUUGUACACAGUCUUUUGAACAGAAUUGGUCGAAAUAUUAUCCAAGAAAUACAUACGAGUAAUUUUUAAUGAUAAUAUAGAAAUUUAUAUUUCAUACAUUAUCUACACUUUUUUAAAUCUGCGUCAUGAGGAAGGCAACUCUCCACUCAAUUUUUGUUAGCAGAUGUUAGUUCUUUUAUCUUAUUUCGUGUAAUGUACCUGUUUUCUGUUUUUUGCCCACAAAAUGUUCUUAUGCUUUAUUGAAUGUAUUGCUUCAUUUUAUAAAAGUAAAUAAAUGUCACAACUCA